UACAGUAUUCUCUUCAAACAAGAGCAAGAAACAUUGGCAGAAGCAGCUGAAAACAAAUACACUUAAAAACAAACAACAACAACAACAAAAACCAAGCCACUAACUUAAAAGAAAAAGCAGGAGUCAAAUGACAGACCGGAGAACUCCAGGCUGAGGAAAGCUUUCCCACCUGAGGAACUCUGAGCUUCCCAGCUAUCAAAGUGAAAGAAGGAAACGCUUUGAGUCUCAGAAAUCUGUUAAUGCCACAGCUCAUCUGGGGAGCCCAUGAUGAUGCCAUUUGGUCAGUUGCCUGGGGGACAAACAAGAAAGAAAACUCUGAGACGGUGGUCACAGGAUCCCUGGAUGACCUGGUGAAGGUCUGGAAAUGGCGUGAUGAGAAGCUGGACCUACAGUGGAGUCUGGAGGGCCAUCAGCUGGGUGUGGUGUCUGUGGACAUCAGCCACACCCUGCCCAUUGCUGCGUCCAGUUCUCUUGAUGCUCAUAUUCGUCUCUGGGACUUGGAAAACGGCAAACAGAUAAAGUCUAUAGAUGCAGGACCUGUGGAUGCCUGGACUUUGGCCUUUUCUCCUGAUUCCCAGUAUCUGGCCACAGGAACUCAUGUGGGGAAAGUGAACAUUUUUGGUGUGGAAAGUGGGAAAAAGGAAUAUUCUUUGGACACAAGAGGAAAAUUCAUUCUUAGUAUUGCAUAUAGUCCUGAUGGGAAGUAUCUGGCCAGUGGAGCCAUAGACGGAAUCAUCAAUAUUUUUGAUAUUGCAACCGGGAAACUUCUGCACACGCUGGAAGGCCACGCUAUGCCCAUUCGCUCCUUGACUUUUUCCCCGGAUUCGCAGCUCCUUGUCACUGCUUCAGAUGAUGGCUACAUCAAGAUCUAUGAUGUACAGCACGCUAACUUGGCUGGCACAUUGAGUGGCCAUGCAUCCUGGGUGCUGAACGUUGCAUUUUGUCCUGAUGACACACACUUUGUUUCCAGCUCAUCUGACAAAAGUGUAAAAGUUUGGGAUGUUGGAACGAGGACUUGUGUUCACACCUUCUUUGAUCACCAGGAUCAGGUCUGGGGAGUAAAAUACAAUGGAAAUGGCUCAAAGAUUGUGUCUGUCGGAGAUGAUCAGGAAAUUCACAUCUACGAUUGUCCAAUUUAAACAUCAAUCUUCCAGGCUAAUGCUGCAGAAAGAAUGUAUAGAUUGAUCAUGACAUUCCUUACCUUUCUAGCUUGUUUAAAAGAAAUAUAGCAUUUAUUGUAGCAAACACUUAAAUUUUGUAGAUACAGUAUAAAUCUUUUCAUGUUUUAUUGGAAACGCCAUUCAUACUGUAACAUAAAGUGUUCUUAAUGCAAACA